UCCCCCUCCCCUUUCCCCAGGAGUGAGAUGUUAAAUACCAGCCAGACUCAGCUCUGGGCAUUCAGACCUGCUUCCUGAGACAACACCAUGAAGUCACUAGGUGUCUUCUGCCUCGUGGGGCUCCUCACUCUCUGGAUGGUGCCGCCAUCUUGUUCUGGCACAAUCUUACCCGUGCAACAAAUCCCCAGAGUGAAACCUGGGACCUGCCCAGUGGUUCCUUUCAGGUGCCAGAUGUUGAAUCCCCCUAAUCGUUGUCAAUCAGACAGCCAGUGUGCCGGGGCAGAGAAGUGCUGUGAGACUGGCUGUGGAUUGGGCUGCGUUCUAACUCAGCAAGGGAAACCUGACACCUGUCCAUACGUCAUCUUUAAGUGCGCUCUGUACAAUCCCCCAAAUCGCUGCUACUCUGACCGCCAGUGUCCAAGAUUCAAGAAGUGCUGUGAGACUUUCUGCGGGAAGGACUGUGUUUAUCCUGAGGGAUAUGGUAAAGCAUAACUUCCUGCGUCCCGAGGGCGUUCCCAGGAGCAGCCGUGACACCAGCUCGAUGAGCCUGGCCUCACUGGGGUCCCACAGACCAGCCCCAGGAAAUCAGCUUGCACAAUGCCUGCACUCUUAAUCCGUCUCAUCUUUAGCACCAGCCACGCCACAUGUCAGGGGGGCUACCAUGGAAUUUCAGACCCUGCCCACCUAGCACAGAGAGGACUGGGCUGGGGUCUCAUCCCGUGAGGGACCUGAAGAGCAUGAUUCACAGUCCCUGUGCAGCGGCUCUUUCCCUGUGGUCAAGGAGAGGCUUUGGGCGGGGCUGGGGGGGUCUCUUUCUUCUUGCCCUGACUCUGUAUAAUUUGGUGUCCCUGGCUCCUUGUGCACUGUAACAAAUAAAGAAGCUUGUUCAC